ACAUCAACUUGGGGCAUUCCAGGAGCUCCGCUCCCGCACAGUUUUUGGGGAAUGGGGCUCUCCUGGAAAAGGAUGCUGUCCUCAAAGACACCUUUGACUCAGUGAUCCAAGAGUACAUCGACCUUGGCCAUAUGAAGCCUGAAUUUUGACUAACCCUAUCACGCGGUGUUCAAGCCCGAAGUUCAGUCCUUCUUCAAAUGGAAAACAGCCUUAAUGACAUCCUUUAUCCAGGUCCAGUACUUCAGGCUGAUCUCACUCUCCAAGUCCUCAAGUGGCGGACAUUCAAAUUCGUGAUCAAUGCCGAUAUCACCUAGAUGUAUCGGCAGAUUCUAUUAACCCAGAGCACACCCCGUUUCAGAGAAUCUUCUUAGGAAAUGAUCAAGAGGAUAUCACCGACUUCGAGCUUAAGACUGUCACGUUUGAAGGUUAUUGUGCCCCUUUACUGGCCUUACGAACACUACAGCAACUGUUCAACGAUGUCAACGCUCAAUAUCCACGGGGCGUCUCAUAUAGUAAUUUCAAAUUACAUAUAUAUCGACGAUGUGCUAGCAGGAGCUCAUACAAAGACUGAAGCUAUUUUAGCCAUUCAGGAGUUGAGGGCAGCGCUGACCUUAGCUGGAUUUCCUCUCCGCAAGUGGACAUCGAAUGAACCCGUCACUCCUUAAGGUACUACUUCCCAAAGAUCACCAACUUGCAGGUGAUUUCCUUGACCACGAAGAGGUUAGCACCACUAAGACACUGGAAGUAUUUCGUCCCGACUGAGUUUACGAUAAAUGCGAAUUAUUCCAAACGCGACCUUCUAUUGCGAAUCGCAAAGUUGUUCAUUAAUUUUUUUUUUUUUUUGCUUACUUUUUACACCAAAACCCAUAUAUGAUUGGUCCUAGUAAAUAUAAGGAUAUGUAUGUCUAAUACUAUUGCUAGAAUAUUUAGAUAUCUCAUGAGUUUAAUGUAACUGUCAUGUUCUGUGUUGAACUUUUCGGUUUGACCCCGGAAAAAAAGAUCUCGAAAUCCGAUCCAAUAAAAUUCCCCGUUACCACCAGGAGUAAGCCUUAAAUUUUGAGCACCAGUCUAGGGAACCGAAGAGCAACAUGUCGAUGCUGGCGAGAACCGUUGGACGCAUUUUAAUGCAGGCUGCUGCAGUCCGUAGUCUGAGCACCACGUCUGUCGCCAAGGAUGCCUGCACACUGAUUCCCGGCGAUGGUGUGGGUCCCGAGCUGGUCAACUCCCUCCAGGAGGUCUUUAAGGCAGCCAGUGUUCCUUUAGACUUUGAAUGCUAUUUCCUCUCCGAAAUCAAGCCCGAGCAGAGUGCCAAGCUGGAGGAUGUGGUGGCUUCCAUUCAGAAGAACAAAGUGUGCAUUAUGGGCAUUUUGGCGACAUCCGACUACAGCAGUGGGGGAGACCUGCAGACGCUCAACAUGAAGCUCCGCACCGCUCUGGACCUGUACGCCAACGUGGUCCAUGUCCGCAGUCUGCCCGGUGUUAAGACCCGCCACAACAACAUCGAUACCGUGAUCAUUCGCGAGCAGACCGAGGGCGAGUACUCGGCACUGGAGCAUGAGUCGGUGCCCGGAAUCGUUGAGUGCCUGAAGAUUGUCACCGCCCAGAAGUCGAUGAGGAUUGCCAAGUUCGCCUUCGACUAUGCCACGAAGAAUCAGCGGAAGAAGGUCACUGCAGUGCACAAGGCCAACAUUAUGAAGCUGGGCGAUGGCCUCUUUCUCCGCUCCUGCGAGGAGGUCUCCAAGCUCUAUCCGCGUAUCAAGUUCGAGAAGAUGAUCGUGGACAACACGACCAUGCAGAUGGUGUCCAAUCCCAACCAGUUCGACGUAAUGGUAACGCCCAAUCUGUAUGGCGCCAUCAUUGAUAAUUUGGCCAGUGGCCUUGUUGGCGGUGCUGGUGUGGUGGCUGGUGCCUCCUACUCGUCAGCGACCGUGGUCUUUGAGCCAGGAGCACGUCACACUUUCGCUGAAGGUGAAGGCAAGAAUGUGGCCAAUCCAACUGCCAUGCUGCUCUGCGGUGUGAAGCUGCUCCGCCACAUCAACCUGCCCACCUAUGGUGAGUUAAUACACAAUGCCAUCAAGAAGGUGCUCAAAGACGGCAAGGUGCGCACCAAGGAUCUGGGCGGACAGUCGACCACGCAGGACUUUACACACGCCGUUAUCCGGAACAUGUCUUAGGCAACCCACCAUUGAUUACUAUGGCAGAUGGUUUGGAAUCGUAAGGAACGACAAGCAUAAACUCAUAUCUAAAUUACAGCUAUUGUCAAUCAGUUUGGGCUGUCUAAAUUUUAAGUCAAUUUUAAAGCAAUUUCAAUAUUUUUUAUUGAUUUCAUGGAAUUUAACAGAAACAAUGCAUUACGUGAUUUAAUAAAGUUUUACCAUAAA